AUGGUGAUGGUGACGAUGUCAGCGCUUGGGCCCGAGGAGGGCAGCGGGGGAAGCGACGACACCCGGGGUCGGGGUGGAGGAGGAGGAGGGGGCGACUCGUCGGGAGCUGCCUCGGGGACUCGGGCUCCCGGCAACUCGGCCAAAGAGAACAUCUUCUCAGAGCUGGUAAAUUACCCUCGUACUGAGAACCCCUGGACGGUGCCCAACGCCCUGUGCGUGACGCGCAUCGCGCUCUCUCCCGUCAUCGCGUGCCUCGUCGCCGACGAGGAGUUCGGCUUGGCGCUGGGGCUCCUCUCGCUGGCCGGCGUCACCGACCUCCUGGAUGGAUUUAUCGCACGGACCUGGCCGAGCCAGCAGUCCGCGCUGGGCAGCGCCCUCGACCCACUCGCAGAUAAGAUCCUCAUCAGCGUCCUCUACAUCAGCCUCACCUGCGCUCACCUCAUUCCUGUGCCGCUGACCGCCCUGAUCAUUUCGAGGGACAUCGCUCUCAUCGGCGCUGUUUUUUACGUGCGCUACCGCACAGUGCCUCCUCCAUGCACCCUGGCUCGAUACUUCAAUCCACGUUUUGCUACUGCUCAGCUUAAACCAACGCUCAUCAGCAAGGUGAACACGGCCGUGCAGCUCUUCCUGGUGGCCGCGUCUCUGGCUGCACCGGUGCUGCACCAAAUGGACAGCCCCCUGCUGGUGGCGCUCUGGUACGUGACGGCGCUCACCACCGUGGGAUCCGGCUACAGCUACUACCGCUACGGCCGGCAGACGGUCCGCGUGCUCAACGGGACCAAGUGACGGAGCCCCGGGUCUCCCCGCCCGCCACUCGAGGCGGGGAGGAGGGGGGGUGGCGUGGGGGAGAUGGAGAGAGGCCGCGUCAAGACGUCUGCCGUGCUCAGUGCCGAGCGUUGCAGCUGUCGGGGUGAAGCCACGUCUGCACAUUGGAUAAAAUUUGUCCUCUCUGCUCCGGUUCAUGUCUCCUAGUUUUGACCCAGCCUAGGCGCUCGUUGGCCUAGCUGGCGAGUGUGCAGGCGGUGCAACUGCACCGGGGUGCAAUGAACAUUUUUUUAAAUUUACCAGGUAAGGCCAAAUGGGCGAUAUAGCUCUUUUUCAGAAGCGACCUGGCCACAAAUGAUAGGUCAACGAAGUGGCUUUUCACGUGGAAAUUUACAGCAGCCAAAUACUCUCACGAGCACACAUUGAUUCUUAAUGUGGAGGGAAAAACCGGAGUACCCGGACAAAAAUCCACACGGCCACGGGGAGAGAGGACAUGCAAACUCCAAAUGUACAUGCGUCAGGGUAAUGAUCGAACCCACGACCUCCUGUUCGAGAAAGUUGGCACAAAAUGUUUCAAUUUCAUUGCGUUGCACACAGAGCCCAUGCCAACCAUGCCAACCAUGCUAUACCACUGUGUGCUGUCAGGGGGCGGGUGUUAGGGGAAUUUUGCUUUGAUUUUUUUUUUAGUUUGACAUCCAACCGGCCAUUGUGAACUUCGGUCAAUCAAUGUUAUUCGUGAACCCUUUGAUUUAAAGGUUUUUGUGAAGGGCAUGUUGAAUGUAGGUGUAGUUUAAUUUGAUUUGGAUGUGUUCCCCCCCCCCCAUACCGUAGUGUUAACCUCCAUUGCUAAUCACAAAAUUACCCACGUUUGUACCUCUUAACACGAUGUCUUUGAAGCGAAUGUAUCUUGAAUUAUCGGCAAGCUCACCUAUGAUCCUGUGUGAGAGCUUGACCUUCAAUCGGAAGGUCGCAAGUUCAAAUUCCAGUCGGGUUGAGGCUUGGCUCAGCCCAUCAUCACGUAGUGGUCGAUAAAAUAUGCACCGCAGUCAAGAGUGGUCAUACGGGAAUACCUGCCCCCGUCAUAUGAAUGUGUAAUUUCCACUGGCUCAGAGCUUUAAACUUGCUGAUGAGCACUCACUGCCUCGCUGUUGGUUGGACAGGAAAUCACUUUGACCCGUUGGAUUUUAUUUCGUGGUAGAAACUGCGGAGGGACUUCCGGAUCUCACAGGCGGCCUCCUUGCAUCGUGCCGCAGCCUCAAACCUCGCGCCGGGCCCACCCCUGAGCGAUCGGUCACGCAACUCUGUCUGCACGCAACUGAAUUUGCUUGUGUGUGGACGUCUCUCUACAACCGAUUGCGAGCGGUCGCGCAACUCGGCCGCUCGCAGCAGAGACGUCGAUCUGCUCGCCGAUUCGUCGCGACGUGCGUCAUCACGCGGCACGUUCGCCAAAUGUGAUUGGUCAUUGCAAUCCUGACGUGGGUGGGGUGGGGCGGGAUGGGGGGUGGAGCUAACCGGAAUAAGGGCGGGGCAUGUGGUAGAGGGCACGGCCACGCAAGUCCUUGUUGUGCAACUACUCGCUCGGAUGCGGACAAAGCAGUUGCAGGCGGUUCCAGGGAAGCGAUUUGAUCGAUCGCUCGGCUCGUCGUGCUGGGGCACGGUGACGAUGGGCGGUGCAGUGGUUAGCGCACCUCGCUGUGAAGUAGAUUCCCGGCCACGGCUAACGUCGUUGUCGGGUCUCUCCGCGCCCCCUUCACCAAGCCGCACCAAUAGGUGUGGUGAAGUAUGGUCAUACAACCACCAUGAUGCAACACAACUUGA